CCCCGCCCCCUGCCAGGCCCGCUCCGGCCUGGGCUUUGGCUGCGCUCGGGGUGAAUCGCGGCCGCUGGCUCCCGGCGAGAUCCCCGCGCCCCGGCGGCUGGCGCUGGGAGCCCGGAGCCCGGGCUGCAGCCGGGAGAGGGGAACCUCCAGCCGGGCCCUUCCCGCUGCUCCCCGGGAGCCUCUCCCAGGGCAGAGCCCCCAGCCCGGCCAGGGCCCCUUCCCGGCCCGGCCCCUGCCCCGGGGGGCCCCGCUCGGGGGGAAGGCUGAGGAAUCACAUCCACGUUUCACUCCCGAUGGUCCCAUCCUCCUAGGAAACAGGGAAGGGAAGUGGCUGUGGUGGAGCCAGCUCAGGGUUCGGUGACCUUCAAGGAUGUGACUGUGUAUUUCAACAAGGGGCAGAGGGCUCUGCUGGACUCCAGUCAGAGAGCCCUCUACAGGGACGUCAUGCAGGAGAAUUAUGAGACUGAAAUCUUGCUGGGAUUCCCCAUUACCAAACCUGAGCUGAUCACCGGGUUGGAACGAGGGGAAGAACCAGGGGAUCUCUAGGCCUCCAAGGAAAGGGAGAUCCUGAGAGGCACCCACACUGGUGAGGAGUCCGUGAAACUGACAGAGAAACCAUCUGUGUGGAGAGCUCAUCUAGCAACUACCCAGCUGAGCAUGCCGGCUCCACGCGGCAGACGGGCUCCUGCCUGGAGUACGCCAGAGGUGGUGGAUCUCCUGGGCCUGUGGGGACAGGAUGACGUACAGGCACAGCUCCGAAACAGCCGUAGGAACUUCGACAUCUACAGCCAAAUUGCUCGGGGCAUGGAGGAGAAGGGCUACGACAGGGACCCGCAGCAGUGCCGCGUAAAAAUCAAGGAGCUGCGGCAGGCGUACCAGAAGGCAAAGGAGGCAAAUAGUCGCUCUGGGGCGGAGCCGCAGACGUGCCGCUUCUACAAGGAGCUGCACGCCAUCAUCGACGGCGACUCCACCUCCACCGCCAAGCGUCCCAUGGAUACUUUGGGGGACCUGGAGUCACAGGGCACCGGGGUGAACCCUGAGAUCGAGGUGAUGAUCAAGGAAGAGGAGGAAGAGGAGGAGGAGGAGUAUGGGGGACAGGCGACAGGGGGAUCCGGCGGCGUGGCGAGCCAGGACUUCUUUUUGACUCCUGAGCAGUCUAGCCAGUCCCAGCAGUCCAGCCCCGGUGAGCCUGAUGCAGGGGAGGGAACCUCUGCAGCUGCAAAUGCGGCCUUGAGGGCCUCUCCGUCCACCCCAGAGGAGCGGCUGGGCCAGGUGAGGAGGAGAAAGAAGAGGACAAGGGAAGACAUGUUUCAGGAGGUCCUGCGAGCCUCCCGUGCUUCGGAGCGCGAGCAGAGGGCUUGGAGGGUAAUGAUCAAUGACAAAAUGCAGAGGGAUAGCGAGGACAGGCGAAACGGGCAGCAAGAGAUGAUCACGUUGCUCCGGGAGCAGACAGACAUGCUGCGGUCUCUGAUUGAACUUCAGGCUGAACACAUCCGUGCUCGCCUUCCCCUGCAGCCCAUAGAGAACUGCAUUCCGGGACCUCCCUUUACUGGCCUCCACGUAACUUCCGGGCCUGGAGCAGUACCCCAGGCACUCCACCCCACGGAAGAUUACACACAAUGACAGCUGCACGAAUACCCAACUGUGAGAGCAUCUUGAGUGUAUGUGCUUGUGAAUUCCCUCUUCCUUCCCCUUCAAAGAUACUUUCCCCUGUAUGUAUGAAGUUUUUACUUUAGCAUUACCUAGGUAUGUCUGCAUAGGUGUGGAAUAAAAAUGUAAAUUCA